CCGCCUAGAAGUCACAGUUCACGCAUCUGUCUCGUCAAAACCUCGUUGGCUUCGGCAACCGGUGGGCCCAGCUGCUUCUGUUUCUGUGGGCCCAGCGGCGCAGCCAAAACCUUCACAAUUCACACGGCUGUCUCACCUCUAUAAAUUCUGCAACUCUGACGCGAAAAAUUGUUUGUAAAACCCUAAAAAUAGGAAAAAAUGGUGAUAAUACUUGUAGCUACAACCACCGAUCCCGCCUCAAUUAACCCGGCCGCCGCCCUCUUAGCCUUGCCCGGUUGGCUUCCCGGUCCUUCUUUGUUCCAGGACAUAAAAAGCUUUACUAAUCAAAACGUGCGGUUACUACAACACGACAAAGGCAUUGUCGACGAGGACGAUUUGGAUCGCCGAUGGGAAGAAGCCACCGGCGAGACUGUCGAUGAGCUUAUUUUCUUCAGUAAACACACCGCCGUUUCCAACCGCCCUGCUCUAACUGUCCACCCAAUCGGGGUGCCUCAUUUGCGUGAAGGUGACGUUCUGCCGCAGGGUGGGAAGCCCGGUUGGGCGGCGCUGCCUGACCCUAGGAUAGGGCCCUGGCUUAGGCUUUUGAAGGAAAUUGCUCAGUCUCAUAAUUUGGUUCCUGAAUUUGAGGUAACUUUGGAGGCUACACACCAUGGACCUUUAACAAGCAAACCAACUCUGUUCCUGGAGAUUGGCAGUACAGAUGAGUACUGGAAGAGGCAAGAUGCUGCUCAAGUCAUGGCUCUAUUAGUUUGGGAAGGACUUGGGCUUGGAGGUGGUGAUGCAGUCGGAAACUGGGGCAGGGAGAAUGAUAAAGCCAAAGUGCUUCUCGCAAUUGGUGGUGGACAUUAUGCUCCUCGACACAUGGAUAUAGUCAGAAAAGAUGGUGUUUGGGUUGGCCACGUUCUUUCCUCAUAUUCUUUGCCAAUGGAAGAUCCAAGUCAGUCAAAAGUUAAUGGAAGUACAGAUGGUAUUGGUGGAACGUGGAGACAAUCAAUUAAAGUUGCAUAUGAGGCUACAAAAUCAGCUUUCCCCGGCGGGGAAGUUUUGGCGCAUCUUGAUCACAAGAGUUUCAAGAGCUGGCAGAAAAAUGCAAUUACUGCAUUUUUAGGUGAGCAGAACAUUAAAAUUGGCAAGCCAAAUGAUUUCAUUUGAUUGGUGUUGGUUUUUGGAUGGUCCCCAGCAAUAACUGUGCUAGGGAUUUUUUCCGAUGCAGAAGAUUUAAUUAAUACAGAAUCUAGCCAAUAGGUAUUCAGUAGCAUCUGAGCAAUUUUGGAAUGUUUUUACCACAAUAAAGGACAAAUAACACAGUUGAACAGCCUGCGUGAGGAUAUGAUCACAAAAGGCACUGCUGAUACAUAAAUGAUUUAUGCUUCGUAUUUGUUUAUCAAAUCUUGUUUUACUUUGUUCACUUGUUGUUACAGGCAGUUGAAUGAAAUUGUGACAAGUAGUUAAGAAGUUUAUUGUUUAUACCCUGCUGCAUUUAUUGCUGAUCUUAGAGUUUGGAGAUCAUGGGCGCAUUUUCUAUAUUUUAAAAAAGCAGCAUCUUUUGCCUAUCAUCAUAUAUUUUCCUUGGUGGAAAGAAUACAGUAGCAUGGAGAUUCUAAAAAGAAUUAUAGGUGUUGAAAUUUAAAUCCGGAUAUCACCUCGUAAAGUAGUUGCAUAAAUUGAUUGAGAUAAGUUCUAGAUUCAUAUCAAC